AAAUAGCUGCCUAUGGUCGAGCCAUAGAAACCCAGCCCUUGACCACCUUGAAAAUAAGUUUCAUUAAAAGCCUCCGUUGACAGUGAAAGUGACAGAAGACCCGGCGGUUGGGCACGCCUCUUGUGUUCAUUAAUGUAAAAUCUAGAGCUCGUACCAGAGCCAGUGGGUACACUGUAAUCUCACAAUCUCUAGAACCACCUGGUUAAACUUUGACCCUCUCUCAGAGUCAUUAGAGAAAUAAUGGGUACAUUAUGUUAAAUUAUUCAUUUGGAUCGGCGUUAAACGAGGAACAACACACAUCGAAUACAGAAUCAAAUCUCGUGAUUGGAGGACCAAGAACAAGAACAAGAACAAGAAGCGCAAGAUGAACCACCAUAAACUGUCAUGAGCAUCAACUUCACUUUAUUAUUGUUAUUAUUAUCAACCAUGGAAGCCAGCCUACUUCGACUUAAGGUUGCAGUUUUACUUCUGUUCUUGAUCCACUGCGUGCAAGCGCAGCAAGUUCUUUUAAACUCCACCGUUGAACGCUCUGCAUUGCUCGAUCUCCGGUCGUCGUUGGGGCUGAGAAGUAGGGACUGGCCGUUAAAAGCGGAGCCGUGUAAGUUCUGGAAGGGAGUCCAAUGCGAAAACGGCCACGUUAUCGGAAUCAAUAUUUCGGGUUUCAAAAGAACCAGAAUUGGUCGGCUUAAUCCCCGGUUCAGUGUUGACUCUUUAGCUAACUUGACCCAGUUACGUUCUUUCAAUGCGUCCGGGUUUUCACUUCCCGGGUCAAUACCGGACUGGUUCGGGUUCCGGUUUCCGGCGCUUCAGGUUCUCGAUCUCCGCUCUUGUUCAGUCUCCGGUUCGAUUCCAGGUUCGCUGGGUAAUUUGAGUAGUGUGAAUUUGGUUUAUUUAUCAGGUAACAGUCUUGCUGGUAGAUUACCUGCUACAUUGGGACAAUUAAAAGAAUUGUCAGUUCUUGAUCUUUCGCGUAAUUUACUUACUGGCUCCAUACCAAAUAUUUCCUCUCUUGGAAAACUUACAAGGCUUGACCUUUCUUCAAAUUAUUUAUCUGAGCAAAUUCCAAUUAGUUUAGGUUCACUUUCUGGCAUUCAAUUCUUGGAUUUAUCGGAUAAUAGUUUGACGGGAUUUAUUCCUGAUGAGUUGAGAAAUCUUGAUAAAUUGGUUGAGCUUGAUCUUAGCAAGAAUUUGUUAUCUGGAUCGUUGCCUACAAAAUUGAGAGCGUUGAUGAGUUUGGAGAAGUUGUUUGUUGAUAGAAAUGGACUAGUGGGGCACUUGUCGGGGGACAUGUUUUCAGGUCUUGAUCAGUUGCAAGUUGUUGAUUUGAGUGGAAAUAAAUUUGAUGGUGCACUUCCUGUUGCAUUGUUGUCAAUGCAUAGCUUGCAGCUUCUUGAUUUGGCUGAUAAUAACUUUACGGGUGUUUUUCCAAGCUUGAGUUCAGAUGGUAAUUCCUCCAAUGGUGUGUUUAAUUUCUCAAACAAUAUGUUAUAUGGAAAUUUGAAUUUUUCAUUGGUGAAGUUUAGUUCGAUUGAUUUGUCAAGUAACUAUUUUCAAGGCAGUGCAGCGUCUUUUAGUAGAAGAAAUGUUACUCUUGAUAGAAAUUGCUUUCAGGAUGUGGCAAAUCAGAGGAGUCCAGGAGAUUGUAGACUUUUUUACACUAAGAGAGGGUUGAGUUUUGAUGAUUUUGGAGUUCCAGGACUUACACAGCCACCAUUAUCAAAACAGGCAAAGAGCAGUAAGAGAUGGAUAUUCAUCUUAGUGGGAUUACUCGGCGGGCUUGUUUUCAUUGUGAUUUUGGUCACGCUGCUGGUACUGGUCCUAAGAAGGUGUGAUCAGGGUACUGCAAAUCAAAGAGGCACUGCAAAUGUGGGUCCUGUUCCAGAAGGAGACAGCCCACUGCCUCCUAAGGAUCCAAAUAUUGUAUCUGGUGUUGGUGAUUCAUUUACAUAUGAGCAAUUGCUCCGUGCAAGUGGUAGUUUUAGUGCUGCGAAUCUCAUCAAACAUGGGCAUUCUGGAGACCUUUUCAAGGGAACUUUGGAAGGUGGGACUACUGUAGUUGUAAAAAAGGUCAGUUUGCAUUCCUUCAAGAAAGAGUCAUACAUAAUGGAGUUGGAUUUGUUCAGCAAGGUUUUGCAUGCAAGACUGGUUCCACUUUUGGGGCAAUGCUUGGAGCAUGAGACUGAUAAACUUUUGGUCUACAAAUAUAUGGUAUGUGGAGAUUUGGCUAGUUCCUUGUACAGGAUUACUGGUUUGGAGGAUGACAGUUUAAAGUCCCUAGAUUGGAUCACAAGAUUGAAAAUUGCUAUAGGAGCUGCUGAAGGUCUAUCCUACCUACAUCAUGAGUGCAACCCUCCCCUUGUUCACAGAGAUGUUCAAGCAAGCAGUAUCCUUCUUGAUGAUAAAUUUGAAGUUCGACUUGGAAGCUUGAGUGAGGUGCGUGCUCAGGAAGGGGAUUCUCACCAAAAUGUGAUAACAAGAUUGUUACGGAAACAAGCCUCUGACCCAUGUGCUUCUGGCUCAUCCACCGCGACUUGUGCUUAUGAUGUCUACUGCUUUGGUAAAGUCUUACUUGAGCUUGUAACAGGCAAGCUUGGCAUUAGCAAAUCAGAUGAUGCUACUACAAGAGCGUGGUUGGAACAUACACUACCAUACAUCAGUAUAUAUGACAAGGAAAUGGUGACGAAGAUUGUUGACCCAUCUCUUAUUGUAGAUGAAGAUUUAUUGGAAGAAGUAUGGGCAAUGGCAAUUGUGGCCAGAUCAUGCCUAAACCCAAAGCCUUCUAAACGACCCCCUAUGAAAUAUAUUCUAAAAGCAUUGGAAAACCCUUUUAAAGUAGUGAGAGAAGAGAGUUUCAGCUCUGCAAGACUGAGAACAACUUCAUCUAGACGGUCGUGGAGUACUGCUUUCUUUGGUAGUUGGCGACAGAGUUCAUCAGAGAGUGCAAUUGUUCCUGGUCACACAAAUAGAGAAGGUAUCAGUGGUCUGAAGCAGUCGGGGAGAAUAGGCUCUCAUGGCAGUGGUGGAAUUGAGCACUCAUCUUCAAAUAAAAGGUUAUCAAAUGAGAUUUUCCCUGAACCAGUAGAUGUGCAAGAUAUGGAGAGGCAAGACGAGCAUUAACUGAAAGGGUGAUUGGGAUUGUGGCUUCCCAUCUGAGUGCCUUCCCAGCGCAAGUUUCUUGAUCCCAAAAUAUAUCAAUUGCCGUCUCAUCAAAGGGUGAAUCUCCUUACUAACCUUUCAGGAGAGUAGGCACUAUUGUCGGAUGCUACUAAGUGUAGCAAGAAUAUGGCUGAAGAGUCUGCUCGUGUAAAUGAGACAAGCAAAAAAUCUAUUUUUCAAACAUUUUUUUAAA